AUGGACGUACCCUUAUCAUCGUUCAGCAGUAACGGAACCAGUCCUCAAGAAGGAGUUUUGAAGGAAGAGCCAGAAAGAACCUCUACUAAUGGAUGGAUGGCCAAACUGGAGAAUGAUCCAUCGCUUUGGAAUGAUCAUCAAGAUAUCGCAGACAUCAUCAACAAUAAGGUUUCAAUGGAUGAUAUUGAAAUGUCUGAGGAAGAGCGAAUUGAAAAGCUGAAGAAAGAAAUUGCUUUGUUAAGUGGAAGUAUUAAAGAACAAGAAUUGAAGACUAAGACAGUCUCUCAAACUUUUGGUCCCGUUCAAGGAAACAACAAGUUUACUUCCCCAUCAACAAACGGAUCGUUCUCAUCACCUCCACAAGCCAAAGCAAACACUCUCAUCACUUCAUCUCCAGCCCUAACAAUGGACGACCUUGCAGACUCUCCCUUAUUUGUAAAAGUUUCAUCUCCUUCCUCCGAAAAGAAAGCUCCUCAAGCAUCGAACGUGGACAAAUCCUAUCAGGAUUUCCUGUUUACCAAAAACCAGCUUUCUUUGGUUGUUGAAGAAUUAGAAGAACAACGACUUGUGCUGGAAGAAGAGGGCUAUUUUACUCAGGCCGAGCAGGUUCAUGAAAAGAUCAAGGAAAUUUACAAGAAAGAGGCUUCAAAAAUUGAGACCUCGUUUGUUAAUGUUGUGAAUGCUUUAAAACUCGAGCUUGUUUCGGUGAUGUCCAUGGAAAUGGAUGCGUUUGAGCAAGUUUGGAAACAAAAAACAGCUCAAUUUGAGGGUCAAGCGAAAGAAUUACUAAGAUCUUGUGAACAAAGACAGAAUGAUGAACUAAAAAAAACAGAACAAGUAAUGAGACAACAAAUGCAUAUUCACAAACCCAAGUUUUCAAAAACCGUUCUGGAACAACGUGCUAGAAUACUGACAUUGGUUAGAACAAAGAAUUACAAACAAGCGGAAAUGCUAAAAAAUCAAUUAAUUCCUUUGGAGUUGAAAGAGAUUGAAAAAUUCGAAAAACACCAAGAAGAAAAAUUGAAAAAGAAGCUUUCCUAUGUUGAAUCAAGACACAAAAUGGAAAUGGAUGUUCUCACCCAGAGAAUAAUGUCUGGUAGACGAGAAUUGGAGAAUAUCAAAAGAAAAGAUUUAAAUGCCAUCACACAACAACAAACCGUGAUCAUUCAAGAAUUUGAAAAUAAGUACAAGAAAGCUUUAUCCCAAAUCAAACAAUUUAUUAACAAGCUCGAAGGAGUUGUAUCCACAAAGAGAAGAACAACGUCCAAUUUCUUUGAUACCUUACCUCGUGAAAUUGAAACCUUCAAAACUACAUACUGUAAUUUACUUGAACAGCUGAAAGAUGACUUCAAAAGAAAUUAUCCUCAAGAAGAGAAAUUGGAAGAAUCCACCAAGCUAUCCACGGAGAACAAGUGGUUAAUUGUUGAAAAUCAACUAUAA